GGGAAGAGGGGGGUGGGUGGGAUUGGAGGGGGAAGACCAUGACCUCCAGCUAUGGGCACGUUCUGGAGCGGCAGCCGGCCCUGGGUGGCCGCUUGGACAGUCCGGGGAACCUCGACAACCUUCAAGCGAAAAAGAACUUCUCGGUGAGUCACCUGCUCGAUCUGGAGGAAGCCGGUGACAUGGUGGCCGCCCAGGCGGAUGAAAGCGUCGGUGAGGCGGGACGGAGUCUGCUGGAGUCCCCCGGGCUGACCAGCGGCAGCGACACUCCGCAGCAAGACAAUGAUCAGCUGAACUCAGAGGAGAAAAAGAAGAGAAAGCAGAGGAGAAAUAGGACCACCUUCAACAGCAGUCAGUUGCAGGCAUUAGAAAGAGUCUUUGAGAGGACACACUACCCAGAUGCUUUUGUACGGGAAGACCUUGCCCGCAGAGUUAACCUUACUGAAGCCAGAGUUCAGGUGUGGUUUCAAAACCGAAGAGCCAAGUUUCGUAGGAACGAGAGAGCCAUGCUGGCUAAUAAAAAUGCUUCCCUCCUUAAAUCCUACUCAGGGGAUGUGACUGCUGUGGAGCAGCCCAUUGUACCUCGUCCUGCUCCAAGACCCACCGACUAUCUUUCCUGGGGGACAGCCUCUCCGUACAGAUCUUCGUCCCUCCCAAGAUGUUGUUUACACGAGGGGCUUCAUAACGGAUUCUAACGGAAGACACUGAAAAGGUAACUUGUCA